AUGGAUACUGUAGACUUGAGACAUCUCGAUGAAAACCUUCAUCACGCUAGGACACAGUUUGAGGUUUGGGCAAGAGGACGUUUGAGCAAUCUGGAAGAGGUACAGCGGACCUGGCAGGAGACAACGGCGCGGGUGUCACGGGAAACGGAGACAUUGGUACAGCGGCGCACGCAAUUCGAGGCAGCAGCGGCACGAUUGCAGGAGCGUUUAGAGGCAGAGCGUGAGGAGCUGGACGCCCUCGAGCGUGGAAUAGCGCAACUCGAGGCACGGGCCGCUGCGCUACCGGUGAGGCAGCAGGAACUCGAGCAGGAGAUCGCUGAGCGCCGGCAGGAGUUUGAGCGCCGUCGAGCGCUCUUGAAUGCGUGCGAAGAGGCACGGCGCACGCGUCUGCUGCAUCUCCAGAAGGCGCUUGUUUGGUACCGAGAUAGACUGGGGCUGCGGUUUCAGAGAGUUGGCGCUGCCUCGGCGACCGAGGCCGGGCGUGUUGACGGCAAGGUUCGCGUGAUUUUCCGACACAUCGAUUCGCGGGCGCCGGAUCGCGAGUUUGCUUUUACAGUGUAUGUAGAUGAGGACGCAGAUUUAUUCCGAGUCGAGGACUGCGUUCCUGACAUUGAUGUAAUGAAGCCAACGGCCGGAGCAGCGAAUGUACGUCUCGCACAAAUGGUGGAAACGCUGAACCGAACGAAUGAUUUCGGAGCGUUUGUGGCACAGAUGCGGCGACGCUUCAAGGCUUGGGUCCAGAUGGAGAGCACGGAUCAGCUUGCUGGGCGCCAAGCGUGA